CAUGGUCUUUAGUACCCAGGAGGAUCACACAGUCAAACACUGAAGCUCUGGAAAAAGGUGUAGGUCGGUCCAAAGUUUGUGGCACAAUGCACUGGGCUUCUGUUUUGAUCGUAGCUGGCUUCUGUGGAAUAUCCUUGAGCCAGUAUGAUGAUCACUAUGAGGACAUGUUCUGGUUACAGCAAUAUUUACGCAGCCAGUCUUCAUCCUACAGCUAUUCACCAUAUUAUGAAGAUGAGAUUCCCCCAUAUUCUUCUUACUCUUUUGUGCCAGCUGGAUCCUCUGUUGGAGAGCCUGUCCCUGAACCUCCUGUUUCUAGGGAGUGCCCCCAAGAAUGUGAAUGCCCCCCUCAUUUCUCUUCUGCCUUGUAUUGUGAUGCUCGCAAUCUUAAGUAUCUUCCAUUUGUGCCUGCUCGGAUGAAAUACGCCUACUUUCAGAACAACCAAAUUGUGGCGAUCCAAGAGGGAGCCUUUGACAAUGCAACCAGCCUGGAGUGGUUGGCACUGCAUGGCAAUCAAAUAACCAGUGAGAAAAUGGGCAAGAGGGUCUUUGCCAAACUCAAGAACCUAGAAAGGCUGUACCUUGACCAUAACAACCUGACCAAAAUGCCUUACCCUUUGCCCCAGUCACUGCGAGAGCUUCAUCUGGCUUACAAUCAGAUCUCCAAAAUCCCAUCCAAUGCCCUUGAAGGCUUAGAGAACCUCACUGCCUUGUAUCUCAGCCACAACCAGAUCCAAGAAAUAGGAUCAAACCUCAAAGGGUUAAACUCUCUGAUCCUUGCAGAUCUGAGCUACAACCAACUCAGAAGAGUCCCGGAUGGGCUUCCAAGCUCCUUAGAGCAACUGUAUUUGGAGCAUAAUCACAUAAAUAUAGUCCCUGAAGAUUACUUCAAGGUCUCCCCUAAAUUGCUCUAUGUACGGAUGUCUCAUAACAUCCUGACAAACGAAGGUCUCUCCCCAAAUGCUUUCAAUACUAGCAGCCUCCUGGAACUGGACCUCUCUUAUAACCGGCUUCAGAAGAUCCCACGAGUCAGUACAAGCCUUGAAAAUCUUUAUCUACAAGGGAACAAAAUAAAUG